AUGUGUCCCCUAGUCAACGUUCGCCGUGGGGCCAAGGGCAUGUCCCGCCUCUAUGCGGAAUGGCUAUACCAGCUUGUCCACGGAGAAGAGAUGAAGACCUGCUUUGCUUGCUACAAGGCAGCUUUCCAUACUAAUAGAAUAUUGCUGGAGAUGGUUUACUGGGAAGAGGAACCGAUACAGGAUGAGUCCCAGGCGCUCUCAGAGCCAGAGGAGCGGUCAGGGCAAAUCUGUGCAGAAGGUCAAGGACAUAUGUCUGAUGCCGUCAGUGACCAAUCAAGUUCUGGCUCUCCGAGUCCAGGCUCUGUAGGGACAGAGCUGGAACCUGAGGAAGCUGUACCCCUGGACCCCGGCGCUGAGAUUGAUGAGUGGAUGCAGGCCCUUCGCUGGAAAUUAGGUAACUUCUGUCCCUGCCCCCACCAGUGCACCAUCCCCACUCUGUCCUUGUGGGAUAUUUUCAGUGUGGACCCAUCUCCUGAGCAAGCUGUAUUGUUAGAGUUGAGCCCCCUUUGGCCAAUGGAAAAGGUAGUAGAAACGUGGUUGAGAAAACUGGAUUUCAACUUGGUGUUGUCUGGCUCUGGUACCGUCUGCUACUUGCUGUCAAUGACUCCUUUAUGGGUCGUGAUGACCCAAGUCAAUCGCUGGCAGGUGUUGCUGGACCCUGAUGCCUAUUUGCUGGCCCACCUAGAGACUGGACCUCAAAAGCAGACCCUGAACCGCUGGAGGCUGAGCAUCCUGGAGUCCUCAUGGCUGGGGGUAGAGCUGGUGCCUGCUGACUGCACCCUGCGGAAGGGAGGCUUCAAGGUGCACUCCUACCUGCCCUGGCAGAGUGACACCCCAGAGGUCUGGACCAGGGAGCCAGGGGAGAGGCUGCUUGUCAAAGAUAUUCAGAAGCUGAGGGACCUUUGA